UGCACUGCAACUGCAACAUUUACAAACAAAGAGUACUCGACGCUGAUAGAUAGGUGAUCAGUUAUCCUAUCCAUUAGUAUUUUCCCCAUCAUGAUUCUGCCUUCUUGUAUUCUACCAGUACUAAGCUGACAGAUCAGCUGCCUACUAUAGUAUACAGAUACAGAGUCUGUCGAAGGAAAUGGAGUCUGCCGUGCAGCCACGGCCGCGGUACGUCGUCUUCGACCUCUCGCCCGGCGCGGGCCUCCGGUGCUUCACCGCUCCCGCUCCGGUCGUGGAGCACGCCGGAGUCCCGCUCCGCACCGUGGCGUUGGGCCUCGAGGCGCUUCGCCGGACACGGCUUUCCCGCGCCGACGACCUCGCCGCCGCUCACCGGCAGGCGCAACAAGUGGUUCGCAUCAGCAGUGACCCCAACGACACCGUGUCCGACGCGGGCACGUCGGGUGUUCACCAGCCCGCUGAGGAGUCCGAGGACGACGAGGCGGGGAGCUGCGACGAUGAGGGUUUCUUCGAAGAGGGCUUUGCGAGGAAGGUUGACGCGUUGGCUGCGCUGGUGGGGAUGAAGGGCGCCUACGAGCCCGCGGCUGUGCUGGGUGAAGUUGUCAGGCUGCUCGAGGCGGCCGGUAGGAACGAGUGUUCUGUACGUGCAACGACGGCUGUUUGAUGUACGACAAAGUCUAUAUUACCCCCCACCUAUGGUGGAUGAACUAUAUAAUCCCCCAACAUAAAAAACGACCUAUAUCAUCUUCUUAAUUUUUCAAAAUCGG